UGCGCGCUUCCGCACCCGGGACGGCGGCGAUGGCGACGGCGGCGGCGGCUCCCCUCCUGCGGCGGUGGUUGGGCGCGGCGGCUCGCAGCCCCUUCGGGAGGCCGGCCCAGGUUCCGAGUGCCGCCGCGUCCAGUCACCGAAGGCUUUCGGCUUUCGUUCCACCCCCAGCCAAGUACGGAGGCCGACACACGGUGGCCAUGAUCCCAGGGGACGGAAUCGGCCCCGAACUGAUGGCGCACGUCAGGGACGUGUUCAGGUGUGCGUGUGUCCCGGUCGAUUUCGAGGUGGUGCACGUGCAUCCUUCCCUAGACAACACGGCCAGCAUCGAGGGCGCGUUGACAGCCAUCCGGAGGAACCGCGUGGCGCUAAAGGGUAACAUUGAAACCAACCACAACAUGCCUCCGUCACACAAGUCCAGCAACAAUCUGCUACGGACAAGCCUGGACCUCUACGCUAACGUCAUCCACUGCCGCAGCCUGCCUGGUGUGCUGACCAGGCACCAGGGCAUCGACAUCCUGAUCAUCCGGGAGAACACCGAGGGGGAAUACAGCAACCUGGAGCACGAGAGCGUGGCCGGGGUGGUGGAGAGCCUCAAGAUAAUCACCAAGCGCAACUCACUCAGGAUCGCGGAAUACGCCUUCCAAGUGGCCCGGGCGCGGGGCAGGGAGAGGGUCACUGCCGUGCACAAGGCCAACAUCAUGAAGCUUGGGGACGGACUCUUCCUUCAGUGUUGCAAGGAGGUGGCGGCUGGUUACCCUGACAUCAAGUUCGACAGCAUGAUUGUUGACAACACCACAAUGCAGCUCGUGGCCAAGCCACAACAGUUCGAUGUGAUGGUGAUGCCCAACCUGUAUGGGAACGUAGUGAGCAACGUCUGUGCUGGGCUGGUGGGAGGUCCGGGGCUGGCUCCCGGUGCUAACUACGGCAAGGACUACGCCGUCUUCGAAACGGGUACAAGGAACACAGGCAAGAGUAUCAGCAACAAGAACAUCGCCAAUCCUACCGCCAUGCUGCUGGCAAGCUGCCUCAUGCUCGACCACCUCGGGCUCCACAGUUUUGCCAGUUUGAUCCGAAACGCUGUAAUGGUGACCAUGAAUGAACACCGGCUUCACACUCCGGAUAUUGGUGGGAUGGGGACCACAGUGGAGGUGGUUCAAGCCAUCUGCCAGCUCAUCCAGAACCGAAGUGACUGACCAGCACUCACAUAAAGCCCCAGAACGCAGGCACCCUUGGAUGCCGACUGUCCGCCGAUCUCCCACCAUGACAAGUGACCUGCUUCCUCCUGACCGCUGCCUGAGGUCGUGCCCGUGUCAUCGGGGGUGUGGGGGGAGGAUGGGGGGGGACGGGUGAGAGGUUCGGGUC